UAGUAUAUUAGCUACGUUCGUAUGCCAUUGCAGUGACCAGAAAGGCAAUAUUUGCAUAGACAUGGCAGUGGUUUCUUCAAGACUAGUCUUCCUGUCUGCCAUAUGCAUUCUCAUUGCUCCAGCCAUUGUUCGGCCACAGCAUGAUCCUAACUUUUUCUGUUCAGAUAAGCAGGGUAACUAUGGUAGUGGCAGUACCUACAAGGCAAACCUGAAUCUCGUCCUCUCCCCCCUCUCCUCCAACAGCAAUGAAAUUGACAACGGCUUCUAUAAUUCGUCUUAUGGGGAAGACCCUGACAAAGUAUAUGCAAUUGGACAGUGUAGAGGAGAUCUUAAGCCAGAUGUUUGCCGUAAAUGCCUCAGCUUCUCUAAAGAUAAUCUUCCCACAAUACAGUUUUGUCCUGUUCAGAAGGAAGCAAUAGUCUUUUAUGAGGAGUGCAUGUUGCGCUACUCAAGCCGCAACAUAUUUAGCACCAUGGAUGAUACUCCUGAAUAUCCUUGGAUGAGCAAGCUCUAUAACAUAUCAGACUAUUCAGACGAUGAGAAGGCUGAGUUCAAUAAGGACCUCUCGAACUUGUUGCAAAACCUACGUGGUCGAGCUGUAGCAGGUGGUUCUCUUCGUAAGUUUGCAGUAGCAAAUGCAUCAGCCCCAAGAUCCCAAACACUAUAUGGACUGAUGCAGUGCACACCUAAUUUGUCUGAGCAAGAUUGCAGUCGCUGCUUGAGUGGGGCUAUUGAUAAUUUCUUGAAGUCUUAUGCUGACAGACUAGGUGGGAGAAUUCGUAGACCCAGCUGUAAUUUUAGGUAUGAGAACUCCAGCUUCUUUGACCCCGCAGCUUAUGCGCCGCCAUCACCGCCACCGGGUAAUUUGAUAUAGCUGAGCACAUUAAAGCUGAAGCAAGCAAUGCACACAAGGCCGUAAAUCAGAUUCUCUUUGGGCUUGCAUUGAUGAUUAUGGGGCAUGGAUUAUAGGUUUCAAAUGUUUUGGGUUUUAAUUAUGUAUUUGGAUUUGAAUUAUGUAAUAAGUAUGCAUUUGAAUUUUGAAAUAUGUAAGCUAGUAGAUUGUUGUUGUGAAGUAUUUGAAUUUGGAUUUGAAUUUGGAUUUGG